AUGCCAGGGUGUCUUUUGAGAGUAGGCGCGAGUGCCAUGGCUUUCGGCAUGUCCGGCGAUACCGCCUUCAUGCUCCAGUCACAACCAUGGAAUAUUGGAGGCCUCAUCUCGCCCCCACUCACCCGAUGGGCGCCCUCGAUCAUACUCAGCUCCCCCUCCUGGGCCUUUGGAUAUCGCUACACCCCUAGUGAGAUUGGCGUCCCAAAUUGCGAAUACAGCCGAACCACCGCCGAGCAUGACCCUCCGCUGGACGCCCGUCACGUCCAAGCCAACGAAGAUCUUCAUGCCGAGCCGGUCUCGGCCUGGUUCGAUACGAGUUCGGGAGAGACUUUUGAGGGCGCAGGCUUGCUGGUUGCCUUGGGACUGUCUCAUGGGGCAGAAGCAAUGCCCAUGAUUGGCGAGAGAACGAGCAGGCAAGGGGCUGAUCUCUUGCCCUUGCCAGAACUGCCACGCUGGAGGCCUCAACUACGACGCAAGGCGGCACACGGCUUUGCCGAUGAUCGAACGGAGACUCAUGAAACCCGAGACGCGAUUCAGCCGCCGUGGUGGGUCGUUGAUCAUCACGCGGCGGCAGUCAGGGCUUUGCCUAGAGUUCGCAUGGAAAUCCCUCAAGCAGGAACGCGAGACGUUCUCUCGGGGGCCGACCGCCGGUAUUACGACAACUCCGAGGCCCAGAGUCACGAGCCACGUCAGCAAGCUAGGGACAGGACUGAGCCGUAUGACUCUUCAGGAGCAGCGGUGAGAUUUGUGACGGCACGCCCGUGGCGCUAA